CUCGGGGUCGCGGUCGUGAGGAGGAGGAGGAUGUGGCGGGCGGAGGGGAAACGGCUGCCGAAAACAAGCCGGAAGAGCGUUUCCCAAAGUGUAUUGUGCGGAACCAGCACCUACUGUGUCCUCAACACCGUGCCACCUAUAGAAAAUGGCCAUGGGAACAGCAGUAGUUGUCAUGUAAAAAUCUUUUUACCGAAAAAACUGCUUGAAUGUCUGCCGAAAUGUUCAAGUUUUCCCAAAGAGAGGCACCGUUGGAACACUAGUGAGGGCUCAUGAUGCAGCCGUCCUUUUGGAUUUCUUUUUUUUUUUUUUUUUUUUGCAAUACUCAGGCCUCUCACUGUUGUGGCCUCUCCCGUUGCGGAGCACAGGCUCCGGACGCGCAGGCUCAGCAGCCAUGGCUCACAGGCCCAGCCGCUCCGCGGCAUGUGCGAUCUUCCCGGACCGGGGCACGAACCCGUGUCCCCUGCAUCGGCAGGCAGACUCUCAACCACUGCGCCACCAGGGAAGCCCUAGAUUUCUUU